AUGGAUCCAGCAUCGCUGCCACUGCUUUUUUCCCUUUACAUGCUUCCUCUGGGCAACAUAAUCCGUAAGCAUGGUAUUAGUUUUCAUUGUGACGAUACACAGUUAUAUGUCUCAGCAAAACCUGAUGAGAAAAAACAGCUUACUAAAAUUGAGCAAUGUGUGCAGGACAUAAGAAAUUGGAUGCUAAUUAACUUCCUUCUGCUAAAUCCGGAUAAGACAGAAGUUCUAGUCAUAGGACCGCAUACAGCUAGGAGUAAAAUUUUAGAUCACACCGUAACUUUAGAUGGCCUUUCUGUUCCAUCAAGUGCAACAGUAAAAGACCUUGGUGUGAUUAUUGAUUCCAGCCUUUCAUUUGAAGCUCAUGUAGAUAAUAUUACCAGGAUAGCAUUCUUUCACCUCAGAAAUAUUGCCAGGAUAAGAAAUUUAUUGUCGCUAAACGACGCAGAAAAACUAGUCCAUGCUUUUAUCACCUCUAGGUUGGACUAUUGUAAUGCCUUACUGUCUGGUUGUUCAGCUAGAUGCAUAAAUAAGCUUCAGCUAGUCCAGAAUGCAGCAGCGAGAGUCCUCACUAGAACCAGAAGAUAUGAGCACAUCACCCCUAUCUUAUCUUCACUCCAUUGGCUUCCUGUGAAAUUUCGCAUUGAUUUUAAAAUACUACUCUUGACAUAUAAAGCAUUAAAUGGUCUCGCGCCGCAGUACCUGAGCGAACUGCUAGUGUCUUACAAUCCGCCACGCCUACUUCGAUCAAAGGAUGCAGGCUGCUUAUUAGUACCACGUAUUAUUAAAAAUACAGCUGGGGGCAGAGCUUUUUCUUACAAAGCACCAAAGUUAUGGAAUAGUCUUCCAAAUAGUGUUCGGGACUCAGACACAGUCUCAGUGUUUAAGUCCAGGCUAAAAACCUAUUUAUUUAGCCAAGCAUUUUUAUAAAUAGAUUAGCCUUAGGUAAAGGAGCAGAUCUGGGGGACUCAUGGACGUAGAGUAUUAUGGUGAACUGGUAUGUUUGGAUGCUGUCUUCCUCACUCUCAUUGA